GGAGGGGGGCAGUGUGAGUGUGAGUGGGACAGUGAGUGCGGCUCCAUGGACGAGUACGACCUGUACGGGGUGGAGGAUGACUACGAGUCUCAGUUUGCCUCCGAGCUGGAGGUCCUGCAGGAACUGGAAGAUGAUGAACCCUCUCGCCCCGCACCCAAAACGUCCCAGUUUCGCAGCAAGCUUUCAUUUGAAGAGGCCAUUUCUGUUGCGGAUCACAUGCAGAGUACUGUCAACGGUAAACCCACCCGAAACAAAAACAGCGUGACAGAAGUGAGCAAGUCUCAAAAGAGAGAUGCAAGCUUCCUUCGUCUUUCGGAAGAAGAAGAAUUUUCUGACAGUUUCCUGGAGCCUCCAAUCACUCCCAAACACAAGCGGCCAAGAAUUGAAGCCGUUAAAAAGCUGGAUUUUGGAACAGACCGCACUGCUGAAAAUGUGUCUGCAAUUAGUGAUGACAUCACACCUCCUCCCUCACCUGACCAACCCAAAAAGAAAAUUGAAAGCAGGACAGCUUUUCUGGCAACUGACCUCCUGGAAGUUAGUGACAUGGCCCCUUUGCAAGUGACUCCCUCCAAACCAGAUAAUAAGAGGGUGCUAAAACGACCCCCCAUCUUUGAGGAAUAUGUUCAUGUGACAUCCAGUGAUGGAGCCCGUUUUUAUAUGACGCUGAGGGAGGACAAUGAAGGAACAGGGGCUCAGCAAGUGUCCAAGCACGCAGGAUUCAGCUGGAAUGGGGAUGGUGAACUGCAUCUCUUGGGGGUCCCUUUCUCCUACUUGAAGGAACAAGUGGCUGAUGAAAAUCGGAGGAGAGUAUUGGAGGAAUCCCAGCGCAUUACAGACAUGCUAAGUAGCCAAACUGAAGACUUUUCAGAGGUUGAUAAUGAGACUAUGGAGCUUGCUAUCGCGGCUGGAGAAGAGGAGGAGACUGAGGAGGAUGGGAAGUCUGCUCACUGUCUUUGGGUGGAUCGAUUCACACCCAGGCAUUACACAGAGCUGCUUAGUGAUGAUUACACAAAUCGCUGCCUCUUGAAAUGGCUGAAACUAUGGGACACUGUGGUAUUUGGGAAGGAAAAGGUAGUAAAGCAACCCAAAGCUUCAACAGACCAACAUACAAAUUUCAAGUUCCAGAAAGAACAACAACAAAAGUGGAAAACCAAAGCUCAGAUCACCGAGGAAAUCCUAGAAGCAGAACUAGAUCAACACAAUCGGCCCAAAAAUAAGAUUGCAUUGUUGUCUGGCCCUCCUGGACUUGGAAAAACAACUUUGGCACAUGUGAUUGCAAGACAUGCUGGUUACAAUGUGGUGGAAAUGAAUGCCAGUGACGAUCGCAGCCCUGAAGUAUUUAAAACCCGAAUAGAAGCAGCAACCAAGAUGAAAUCUGUUUUGGGAGUCAAUGAAAGACCAAACUGUCUGAUCAUAGAUGAAAUCGAUGGUGCUCCAACGGUUUCCAUCAAUAUGCUGCUGAGUUUAGUCAACUGGAAAGAUGGCAAGGACACAGAGUCUGGUAGCGAGCUCACCAUGGGAAAGAAGAAAAAGAAGGAUGGGGGUCUUCUACUGAGGCCCAUUAUUUGCAUCUGCAAUGACCAGUAUGUCCUAUCGUUACGGCAACUGAGGCAGCAAGCUUUCAUGUUACAUUUUCCUCAAACUCUCCCCUCCAGGCUUGUACAAAGAUUAUAUGAGAUUACCAUCAAGCAGGAUAUGAAGGCUGAUACAGGAGCUCUCAUGGCAUUGUGUGAGAAAACAGAGAACGAUAUCCGAUCCUGUAUAAAUACACUGCAAUUUCUGCAUGGGCGAGGUAAGAAAGAACUUAACAUGAGAACUGUUCAAACUAUGAAUAUAGGCCUCAAGGAUCAGAAUAAGGGCCUGUUCUCUGUGUGGCAGGAGAUUUUCCAGCUCCCCAAAACUCAGAGGAAACGGAUCGGUCAGGCUGUCUUGCCCUCUGACUUACAGCAGUUUCUGGGAACCUACAGUGACCCAGUCAACCAAAACAGAACACCUCUCAGUGCCAUUGCUCAAAGGUUUCAUCAUAUUCUGCACCUGAGCACCUCUACUGGGGAAUAUGAGAAGCUAACUAUGGGAUUAUAUGACAACUUUCUGAAUAUGAAGGUGAAAGAGUCCAACUUCCAUACAGUUUGCGUGGCUCUGGAUUGGCUAGGGUUUACAGACAUUGUGAACACGACUAUAAUGCAUCGGCAGAACUUUCAGCUCAUGCGAUACCUCCCUUUCCUCCCUGUUGCGUUCCAUCUCUUCUUUGCAGCUUCACAUAUCCCACGCAUAGCUUACCCCAACAGCCACUACGAGGCCCAGUCAAGGCUGAAUCAGAUGCAGAAUCUCCUAAUGGCAAUGAUUUCAGAAAUUUCUCCUGGUAUCCGUGCACGUGUUGGACUCCAAACAUUGGUUCUGGACGCCCUGUGUCUUCUCCUGGAUGUAAUUUCUCCAAAGCUGAGGCCGGUGAAUACGCAGCUGUACAGCCUGAAAGAGAAGCAACAGCUGGCCGAGCUAAUUAACACGAUGCUGGCGUAUAACUUGACGUACCACCAGGAGCGUACCAUGGAUGGGCAGUACAUCUACAAACUGGAUCCAAAUGUGGAAGAUGUUUGCAGGUUUCCAGAUCUCCCUGCCCGUAAACCUUUGACUUACCAAGCCAAGCAACUUAUAUCAAGAGAGAUUGAACUGGAGAAGAUGAGGAGAACAGAAGCCUUCCAACAAGCAAGGAAUUUGGGUCAGGACAAUGCUGCUACUAGCAAGACUGUUACAAAAAAUGCUUCAAAAUCUGGCUUGUUAAACCACGAGCAGCGUCUGGAGAAAAUCGUGAAGAAGGCAUCCAUCGAGGAAAGGCCUGAAAAAGAUUUCUUUGGCCGACUGAUAGUCAAGAAAGUGAUUUCUCCAGUUACAGAUAAUCCAAACCAAGAACUCCCUAUAGAAAAACUUAUUGGCAAAGCAGUUGGGAACAGCGAUGUUUGGUUUCGAUUUAACGAAGGCGUUUCUAAUGCCGUCCGGCGGAACAUACACAUUAAAGACUUGCUAUAAUAUUUAUUUGAAGAUAAAGGAAUCCUUUUAGAAUGAUUGACUUUUUUCUGAAUACUGAUGGCAAAGCAACGGAGAAAACGUAUCACUAACUCAGUGUUUUGAUUGGUCCAGCUCUCACAUGGGACAGAAUACGAUAUGGGAGUUACCAGAAACCUGUUGGUUAGA